AUGGCCGACUCUAUCCAUUCGGCGUGGAUUUCAGACUACCUCAUUCAAAUGGCGGAGGCGUAUGGUGGCGAUCUAGGUGCGAUUCCUCCGCGCGAGAAACCAGGCAGAGCACAGCUGUUUUUGACGUACUUGCGGCCUGAAGAUGAGGGCUCGUGCAUCUGGGCGCUGCUGUCCGACAAGGCCCACAUCAUACACGUACGCUUAACCAGCGAAGCUAUCAAGCAACACAAACUCAACCCAACAUUCCACGGCAAAUCGCUCACACAAUACAAGACCGCACUAGUGCUCAUCAAGAACUUCCGCCCCUGCUUCGCUCGCGUUCCUCUCGGGGGUGGUGACGGGCGCGGCAUGUCCCCCUCGGAGCAGUUGUUCCUCGAAAUCGCUCACUUCCAAGUCAAGGGCUCCUUCGACGAGGACGUUUGGGGGUCUCCCAAUGACAUCGCCGCAAACGCGAAGGUCAGCGAGUGGAUGGAGGGCCUGAGGAGCGGCGGCGGCGGCGGGCUGGAGCUGCAAGCUCUGCAGGCUCGCCAGCAGGUGUCCGAGGUCUUCGCCGAGAAGCAGCCAGUUGGGCAGCAGACGCUGCCUCGAAGGCCCGCGCAGAUAGCUGGCGCCAGGAAGACGGUUAAACGUGCUCCUCAAGCUGUCCCCGCCACACGACCUGCUCCUGCCUCGGCCGAAGUGAGAGUCGAUCCAAAGAAGGUGUAUGAGAAAAGCUGGCGCUAUGUAACUUCGAGUUCGGCAAGACGGAAACGUGCGCUACCCCCUGCAGAUCUUCUGGCGGUGAUUCACAAGGUCACGCUUGUGAGCAAUGGCGAGGUUGAAGCCGUUCGCGACCCGCAUACUGACGCGAAGGCUGUCACCAGCAUGGCAGAAUCCUCCACUCCACCAAAACCUCCUCGGCCAAGGCGAAACCCACUCGAUAUUUCAUCGAGCCCUCCUGGAUCCCCCAAAGCGCAGAGCCCUGAACCGCUGCCAGCAACACCGUCUCACUGGUCCGAAUCCUCACCCGGAAGUCCACAACCAGAUCUUCCGGACGCAGAGACGUCGGACAGCGAAGACGAGGCAAAUCAAUUCACGGACCACAAUGGCUCACCCAGAGCCCGCAAUCUGAUGGCAUCAACGGAGAAGACGCUGGUCGGCGACGACGAUGACGCGCAGAGCGAUUUGAAGAAAGCCAAAGUGCCCUACGCGCCCCUCCCAAACACCCUCUCCUCCUACCUCUCCGCGCCGACGCCUGCACAGCGGCCGAUGCCCCUCUCUUCGUCCCCCCUGCCGAACCCCCCCUCCACCCCGACCGCGUCCAAGGAUCCUCAGAUGUCGAGUGCCAAGACACCCGACACGCGAACCCCCCUUCAGCGGCCGUAUACCCGCAGGGUCCCGCUCCCCCGUGCCGGCCGCAGUGUCGUUUCCAUUGGCCGGAUCCUGGUGCCAAAUUCGGAUACUUCUGGGACUGCGUCCCAGCCCCAAUCGCAGGAGCAGGGUCAGUUGCAAUCGCAGUCGCAACUUUCUCAAAUCAUCCCAGAGCCGUCGCAGCCGUCGCAGUCACAGUCUCAGCCUUCUCAGACGUCUCAGGUCAUCCCAGGCCCGUCGCAGAUUCAGCACGGCUCCCACCGAUCUCCCUCACGUGCUCCACCGUCCCAGAACCAUAGCCAGAGCCAGAGCCAGAAUCAUGAAAGUGGGCAGUCGGCGUGCACGCACCAGUCCCUCUCGUACACGUCACAGUCGUCGUACGAGAAGGGCAUGAGCCAGGGACAAAUGCAGACGAGCCGGCCGACGACUCGGUCACAGCUCCGGAACGAGGUUGAGAUUUUGCCCAGUAGCGACGCGCCAAUUGCUCCAAAAAGUGUUACUGAGACUGCCCAUCAAGCUACUCUGGCGGAAGCUCUCGAUCGGUCGCCUGAGCUGAAAACCGGUCGGGCUGCGAGGCGUUCGUCGAAGGGGGUGUUUACUGCUAAAGAGGCACACGGGACUGAGCCGGGGGGCAGAGCCGCUCUGCGGUCUCAGGCCACAAAGCCGACAGAUGGGAACGAUAUUAGUGUAACCGAGGAUGAGGACGCAGACGAUGAGAUGGAUGUUGACGAACUCGAUAUGAGUAGGUCUCCACGUGGCACCCACCCUCUGGCACGAGAGGAGGAAGAGUCGCUUCCCGUGGAAGAGGAGGAAGAGUCGCCAAGCAUUCACUCACUGCCAGUCACCGAGGAGGAUGAAGCGGACGAAGUCGAAGGGAAGAGCAGGCCUCAGCGCAGCCGUGCCCACCCGCUGGCGCAGGAAGAUGAGGAGUCGCAGACCGCGCCUGUGCAGGCUGUUGCAGAAGAGUCACAGACGCACGCGCAGGAGGGCGCGGAAGGAGGCAGGGCGUCGAGUAAUGAGCUCGAUUCGGGCGAUGCCUGGACAAAAGUGGUGGUCGAUGGCCACUCACCAGAGAGAGCAGAGAACACCGCUUCUUCAGAGAAGAAGCGGUCGUCUCGCGUUCGCUCCCCAGGCAGUCGAGAUGUGUCUCCAAAGCCCGCGAAAGCCCGGCGCCCACUCAAACGUCAAGCGACCCACUCCUCUUUGCAUGACGAGGGCUCGGAUGCCCCCCUCCGUCCUUCAAGCCCCGACGUUUUCCUCAGCGAGGCGUCUUUCCACGCCUCCCAGGACAUCCCCCCGAUGAAGCUCACUUCGAGGGGGUCCUUCUCAAAACCACAUCCCGCCCAAGCACCUCGCGCAAGCACUUCGAACUCCGUCGUAGCACAGCCUACACUCUCUAGCGCGGUGAAGACGCCACCUUCUGGCAAGCCGCACGCUCCAGCUGAGACCAUCUAUCAUUACCCUGAAGCUUGGCGUGCGCCUGCCUUCCAGCUACUGCGCACUAAUGGCAAAGGCAAGGAGAGGGAGCAACCUAUACCGAAGGCCGCACUGAGGCAGCCUGCGGCUCGUAGCAAAAGGCCAAUUGAGGUUGUGUCUUCCCCGGAACACCCGCCUCCGAAGAAGCAGAAGUUGUCGGUCACUUCAUUUGCUCCUGCCAGUGCGACGAGCAUGUCAGGUCCGUCAGUGGGAGAUGAAAAGUAUCAUGUGUUCUUGAAAAACCAAAACUUGACAAGUACGACAAGUGCCGACGAGUCCUUCCACCGAGAUCAGAGGCAGGACUCAUCCUCAAAAAUCCAACUAGUCCCGAGCGCGGGAUCGUCAUCUCGGCAAAUUGAGAGGCAAAAUAUGCCCUCGGAAGUCCAGGCCACCGCAGGGUCAGCGACAAACGGAACGGGGAGACAUACGAAUGGAUUAAGUGUAAAGAAGCUGGACUUGCUUCGGACCGCUUCCAUGUCUUCCUCGGCCCCUUCAACGAAACGGAAAAGACCGAACGAUGCGGAGAGGUCUAUGAAGGCGUCCACAUCAAAGCCGGAGGUCCGCACUAUCCAGCAACUUUCCCCGGGUGGCUCUACUUCGCAUGAGAUCAAGCAGGUCGAUUUCUCUUCGACAGAGUCGUCCCGGUCGUUGUCUCGGAAGAGAGACAAAAGGGCGGGGUCGGGAGCUGUCCAGUAUGCCAGCUUCAAACAAGAUAUCCGUCCUCUUGUGCAGGCGGCCAAGGAUGUUUCUGCUCGACAAGUAGCCGAAAACUCCCGAGCGUCGAGCUCAAGAGCCGUGGGUUCAACGUGUGUAAAAAUGGAGCAGGACGACAGUCAGCCUGACGACAGCGGGGAACCUGCAUCUGGUGGCGAAGUGCCAGCGACUCGGAGCUCCUCGGGGCUGCUUGGAGGAUACUUCGUUGACUUCAACAUGGUGCGGGCGAGGGAUGGGCCUCCGUUGGUAACAUGGCGCGAACUGUCGAAUAUUCUACUGCGGACGGGUCGGACAAGAACUCUUGCUCAGCGGAGAAUGUUGGGGGAACAUCCCCGGCCCAAGCAAGGAUGA